AUGAGUUCCUUUUUAGCCACCUCUUCAACGGGCGCCCGCCCAGCCCUUUCACAUCUAGUUGUUGUCCACACCGCCAGUCGAAGUGUAAUAGGUGCUGCUCGCCACUGUCAUAGCAAACAUGAUGAUGUGGAGCGUAUCUUUCGUCGAAUUGCCAAGUACCACCGUCAUCCCCAAGCCAACCCCUCCCGCAAAGUCGAGUGCCAAUCGUGGCCCUCUACGGCCCACCAUGACUCGAACUCGAGUUUCCCAUGGGGGUUGCCUCCUCGCUCUCGCUCCAGAUUCUCAGGCUUCUCCGCUGGCCGAGGGAAGGAUUUCUGGGAUACAGAGCGCGAACAGCUACAUCGCCGGAUGGCUUACAUUAAGAGAAACGCCACCGAAGACCCAUAUUGUGCCAUUUUCGGUCGCCGGUCAGACUCAUACCGUGUGGAUAAGCAGGACCACAUCUGGCCCAGUUUCUUGCGCUCUUUUUUGAAUAUCGAACCUGCUUUCGAAGAGAAUCCUUCUAAAGCUCAUCUUCAGGACUUCAACUUCGUCAAGUCUCCCGAGUCGGGUGCGGAAGGGUACCAGUAUGACCCUAUAAGCGGUCGUAUGGCUCCCAUGCCGCCGAAACCCGCGGAAAAAGAUGCCUUGGCUAGUGUCGAAUGUCCCCCUGGAAAUGAACUCGAGGCCAAACUUGUGUCCGAGCCGUUAGGUGAGGAAGGCGCUGAGACACCCAAUCCCGAGUCCGUCGAUUGCGCUGGUGGAAGCGAAUUGGAGGCUCUUUUCAAUACCGAACCGGCUAGCUUUAAAGAAGCACAAGUGAUGUCGAAGGUGCCUCAUGGUGAGGAGUCAAACGUGAAACCCAAUAUUCACGUCGACUGCUCGCCUGGUAACGAGUUGGGUGCUCUCUUCGUGUCGGAAUCACCUCGCACGGAGCAGCCCGGCACUGAGACUAUGCAGGUUCUGGAAUCAGAGAAGAAACUCGAUCCUGAUUCAGGUCUAACGUCUGGUGUUAAUAUUGAGUGUACUCCAGGUCACGAGCUAGAGGCUAUGUUCGCUGCCAAUCAUGCCGCUCAGAAGGACCAAUCUUGUCCAUUGGAUACAUUCGAUGCUCAGCCCAGCAGCCGUGAUGAUUGUGACUCUGUUGACUGCCCCCCUGGGAACGAGCUGGAUGCCAAGUUCGCUGGGCUUGACUCCCAAGCUGCCAGCGUCACUGAGGAUGCUCCAUCAACCGUUGAUUGCUCUCCUGGUAACGAGCUCGAAGCAAAAAUCGUUUCUGAAUCUAUAAGCUUGGGCGUCCCCAUUGAUUGCCCUCCGGGGAGCGAGCUAGAAGCCAAAUUUGCUGCUAAUCCCGCUUCUGUCGAGCAUGCCUCGUUUCCAAUGGCACCCGCUGUGGAGCCCAUGACCACCAAGAAAGCCAAUGUCAACAUUAAUUGCGACCCCGGUAGCGAGCUCGAAGCUCUCUUUUUGUCCGAUGCAGCCACCACUGGCUCACUCUCUUCCUCAGUCUCAAAAGUCAACAGCACGACCAAGUCCCAUAAGUCAAAAUUCGACUUCGAAGGCGCCGAAGACCGAGUCGGCGACUUCCUCAAAGUCAAUCAAGAAAACCCCUUCCAAUGGUCCACCAGUGAAUACCGCAUCUUAGCCUACGACUCUUCUGUAUCAAAGAUCAGUGCAUCUGAAGUCGACUCAUUCUUCGGCACCACCUCAACCACAGCACCCGAAGACAUACUCGCCCGUCUACACAACCCCGCCAAGUUUGUCCCCUACUUUCAGCAGAUGCAAACAGACGGCUACGAUAUCGCUACCGGUGGGGGUGAUAUUCUUGUCUUUCGCCGCUCCGCCAGUACAGCCGCCCACACCUCACACUCCGCCGACAAGAAAGUCAACCAGGACAUCGCCAACUCUACCCGCCACGACUCCUACCCGACUUCCCACUCCACCUUUCAGCCCCCAAGCUCGUCCAGCCCAAACUCGAAGCUGAAUCCCAGAUCCAAACCAGGGAUCUUCCGCAGGGUAUUGUUCGCUAGUACAGUGACAGCAGCUUCAUGCUACGCCAUAGGAGUGGUAACUGAAUUCUUCCGCACCGGGGGCGAUGACGGAAAAGGCAUUGAUGCAUUUACUGUCUUUGAAUCUGAUCGGCGGCGCGAGUAG